CGAAAUGCCUCCUGCCUGUAACUUGUAGCUAACGUCUGCCUGCAUUUAAAUAACAUACAAUGGCUAGUAUCGGUAGCUAGAUUGUAUCUUAACCACCAUGUAAACUGUCUUAUCACGGAAGGCAGUAGACUAAGGACUAAGAAGGUAGUAGGACGAUACAGGAGGAGCCAGUUUGACAGCCCUCCGAAAAAAACGACCCGAGAAGACGCUACCCAAGCACCCGUCUCAGCCCGGUCAACUGGAGCGUUUCGUUAACCGUUUAACACCCCCAUAUGCCGGCGCCUACGCCCGUCUUCACACCCUCACGCCGGAAAAGAAGCAGGGAGGGCGGCUACGGCAGCUCCGGGGUCCCCGACACUUAGCAGCCGAGGAGAGGCACCGCUGAAAUGAGAUGAGGCUCAGAAAUGGAACUGUGGCCACUGCGAUUAUUUUCUUCACGUCGUUCCUCAGCCUGUCCUGGUACUCAGCGUGGCAGAAUGGCAAAGAGAAGCUGAUAGCGUACCAGCGGGAGUUCCAUGCCUUGAAAGAGCGCCUUCGUGUGGCCGAGCACCGGACGCUGCAGCGCUCGUCGGAGCUCAACAACAUCCUCGAGCAGUUCAGACGAGCCAUCGCCGAGACCAACAGCAGCAAAGAUGCUCUCACAAACUUCUCAGAUGAGACACAGAAACUCCUGAAGGAGCUCUCCAACAGGAGACCCCUCCAGGUGCCAAACAUCUACCACCACCUGCCUCACCUGCUCAACAAUGAGGGCAGCCUGCACCCUGCCGUGCAGGUGGGUCUGGGCCGCACAGGAGUUACCAUGGUGAUGGGGAUCCCCACUGUGAGGCGGAAGGUGAAGUCUUACCUGUCGGAGACGCUGCGCUCGCUGAUAGACAAGCUCUCACCGGAGGAGAAGCUCGACUGCGUCAUUAUCGUCUACGUUGGGGAGACUGACGUGGACUACGUUAACAGCGUGGUAGCUGGCCUGGAGAAAGAGUUUUCUAUAGAGCUGAGUUCAGGCUUGCUGGAGGUGAUCUCCCCGCCCGCCGCCUAUUACCCCGAGCUCACCAACCUCAAGGAGACUUUCGGAGACUCCAAAGAGAGAGUCAAAUGGCGAACCAAGCAGAACCUGGACUACUCCUUCCUCAUGAUGUAUGCUGUGAGCAAAGGAGUUUAUUAUGUCCAGCUGGAGGAUGACAUCGUGGCCAAGCCUAACUACUUUGCCACCAUGAAGAACUUUGCCCUGCAGCUCUCGUCGGAGGACUGGAUGAUCCUGGAGUUUUCUCAGCUGGGCUUUAUUGGAAAAAUGUUCCAGGCUCCGGACCUGAACCUCAUUGUUGAGUUCAUCUUCAUGUUCUACAAGGAGAAGCCCAUCGAUUGGCUGCUGGACCACAUCCUGUGGGUCAAAGUCUGCAACCCGGAGAAAGAUGCGAAACACUGCGAGCGGCAGAAGUCCAGCCUGCGUGUGCGCUUCAGACCCUCCCUGUUUCAACACGUGGGACUCCAUUCUUCUCUUGCUGGAAAGAUCCAGAAACUCACAGACAAGGAUUUCCUGAAGCCUCUGCUCCACAAGAUGCACGUCAACCCCCCAGCGGAGGUUUCCACUUCAGUGAAGGUGUACCAGGGUCACACGCUGGAGAAGACGUACCUGGGAGAGGACUUCUUCUGGUCCAUCACUCCGAAAGCAGGAGACUACAUCCUCUUCAAAUUUGACCGACCUGUUAGCAUAGAGAAGUUCCUGUUCCGCAGUGGCAACCAAGAGCACCCGGGUGACAAAAUCGAGAACACCACCGUGGAAAUACUGCCUGUUUCGGUACCAGGACUUCAGGCCAAAGAAAAGUACAAGCGAACUGAAGACCGCUUUUACAGGAUCGGUCAGUUUGAGAAGGGUGUGGCAGAGGGAGUCGUGGAUCCUUCUUUCAAUCCCAUCAUCGCUCUGCGGCUCUCGGUCAUCAAAGACUCGGCAGUGUGGGCCAUCCUCAGUGAAAUACAUAUAAAGAGGAUGGCAGGCUGACUCUGGAUCAUGAAUCACGGCCCCCCCGGGGGACCAGACUCUCCUCGAUUGCUUACGCAGGGCCUCUGGCGCCUAGCAACCAGCAGUGAAGUCAUCCGAGCCCGCUGUCUGAGGAGCGCCGCCUCCCUGUACCCUGAUCUUCGUCCGUUUGUUUUGUUUUUCGCUUCCCGUCGAUCGAUUCCUCCAUUUCUCUCUGCAUCUCUCCCUCACUCUUGUGCUCUUAAUUCAUUUCUUGAGAAUGUGAAUACUACUGUCCUGAAGAACAGCGGCGGAGUGCGUGAAGGCAUUCUGCUCCGGCUCUCAAAGUCUCUGUGUUGCUCAGCGGCUUUGAACCCAAUCAGAAAAAAAGGACAAACGAGGACAAAUCAUCACAUCUGGGGAGAAGCGGUGGUGUGAUGCUGCCAAACCCUCCUCCUCCUGUGACUCAAUGCUGCCACCUUCGGGCCAGCUGGGGCAUUGCACUGUCACUAACGCCUCAGCAAAAACAGCCCUCGAUGAUGGAGAAUGUUGUCAUCGCUAACGGCCAGUCGCUCUGUUCCCGACAGAGAUGACGGAGCUCCAGAUUAACACCAGCCCAAACAAUGUUUCCCUCGCUCCCAGAGUAUUGUCCGACACACUUCAAAUACUCCACUUGUCCUGAAACACACACUCAGGACGAGCUUGUUCCAAAAUCCUGCCUGUAGCCAGUCAGUAACAACUUUGACUAAACUGUAGGCCACUUUCUGAGGUACCCCGAUACGUUGAGAGAAUAAGUUCCAUGACACCAUAUCUCAGCUCCUGUCUGACGGGCCAUGUGACCUCAGCGUCCAUUUACAGUAAACCAAUCAGACAUUGCCUUGGCGUCAUUUUCCCGAAGGAAUAUAUUGAUAUAUUAUUAUAGAGCUAUGACGAUCUAUGAAGGUGACUUAAUUUAUUUGAAAUAAAUCUUUAAUUUGUACAAGAGGUAAAAUAUAUUUUUAUUCUAUUGAGAGAUGUUUAUGGUAGUUCAGAGUCUGUUUUUAUUUGUGUCCUGUUGUGUUUGUUGCCUAAAUUGCUAUUAUACAUUUUCUUUCAUUAUUGCAGCUACUUGCAAACUUUUGUCUGCAGGUGCUCGGGUCAGUUCUUUUCACUUGAAGCGAAACGUUUGAAUUUAAUUUCACUUCUUAAAGACUGAAUGGUAAGAGAGUUGAGAAUAGAUUCUGUUGAAGAAGUUGUGGGUCAAAAUUAGAAAAAAAAUUGUGCCUUAAAUCCAGGUCCCUUGAAAUUGUCUCAGCAACAUUAUUCCAAUCUCUCACUCUUGCCUACACUUUGAUUGCUGGAUAUACUAAUAUUUUUAAAAUAAUAUACACAGUCAAAUAAGUUACUGGAUGUUUAGAUCAACAUCUGAGUGAAAGCGGUUAAAAAAGGGGGGUGUUUGUUCUGAAACAGCGUGAUUUGCACUGCUUUUUUCACUUUUUUUGUUGCCAUCACACUUUUCACCAUUGUACUUAAAUGUCCCAUCUUCCCUUAGUUCAUUUCACUGAUUCCUCCAAAUCUAUAUGACAAACUAUUUUGUUCAAUCAAGUAUCUGUUUUUUGAUUGGACAGAAUAUUAUGACUACUGAUGAUUGCGCCUUUUGUUGUAAGAUUUGACUGAGGUUGUGUAGUUCUUUCACUGAUUGUAAAUAUAUAUAAAAAGCAAUGAGCAUUAUCUCUCUUUAUUUCCCUCACUCUCUGUUAUGCCUCAUUUCAUAGUUUAUUGAAAUUCAGUCGACAUGUUUUGUGUUUGUGUGUGUGUGUGGCCAAUAUUAUGAGUGGAUGAAUUUCACUCAUUUGACAUGUUAGUGGUUUAUCGAAGGGGAAAGUGAAGUGCCUUUUAGUGGAAUUGUUUUUUCCUAGUCAUGCUGUUCAUGUGCAUGAUUAUUAUUUCUUGUCUCAGCCACCUCUUCAUCAGUCUUUUUUUUGUAAUUGUGAGAAGAUGAGAGCUGAAUGGUGGACAUGAUUUUAAAAGUGUGAAGUCAUUUUCAGUACUAAUAACAGGACUUGCUUUCCGCUCUUGUCCUGGACCCACAGACUGAAUGCAUGAAAGCAGCAUAAACGCUCAUUAAUCUCCUUAUGACCCCCCUUACUUUAAUUGUUUAAAGUGGACAUGAGAAAUAACAAUGAAAGGAACUCUUCCCCUUGAUUAAAAACAAACCCACACCCCCAUCAGUUCAUGUGCCUUCAUCAUGUACAUGUGUAUGCCUGCCGCUGAUGUUUGACAUCAUUUUUCAUGGACAUCUUUGAAAUAAAAGAUAAAAGUUGUUGGAA